UCACAUCAGCCUUUAUCAACAUGAACAUGGUUGAAUCGUCCUACAGCUGGUUGAUGGUUCUGAGCCUCGUCUUUAUGUGUAAUAUUGUAAAAACAUUAUUACCGUCUAUUUCUUUAUUCCUGUCAAAGAUCUUUCAAAAAGAUGCUGAUCAGGAAAUGGAGAUGCGAACCGAAAUUCAGAACAUGAGGUUGGAGCUGUCAUCUAUAAGCAUGAUGGAUGAGUUCGCCAGAUAUGCAAGACUGGAACGCAAAAUAAACAAGAUGACGGACAAGCUGAAAACUCACGUGAACUCAAGAUCAGCCCAACAGGCGAAAAUUAAAUGGGUUGUGAACAUAAUUUUCUAUGUUCUUCAGGCUGCUCUUAUGAUUUCGCUUAUUUGGAAGUAUUAUGCAGACCCAGUUACAGUGGUGCCCAGUAAGUGGAUAGUUCCACUGGAGCGACUUGUAGCUUUUCCAUCUGGUGUUGCAGGAGGUGUUGGAAUAACAUGCUGGUUAGUGGUCUGCAACAAAGUGGUGGCCAUUGGUCUCUGUGCUUUUAGCUAGUUUUUUUUUAUUAAAUAUGUUCGCUUUUUUUAAAACACAAAUUAUGUACUAUGUUAGGUACUUUGUGCUUUAGUUCCUCCAUCAUUGUCAGAAAACGAUUACUGUCUUUAGUUGUAAAGCAAAUAAAGGUGUUUUUUUUGUAUUGUGGAAUGUAUUUGAGUAUAAGCUUAAGAAAUUGUUUAGCAUUAUACAUGCAUAUGUUUGUGUGUCAUUAUUUUUUUUUAAUUUGAAAUGGUGAUCUGAAAUGUGAAAUAUAACUGUACGUUUAUUGAUUUACCUUAUCAGAUGUACUGAAACCAUUGUUAAGUUUACAGCUACUGAUAACAUUUGUAAAACA